AUGGUUGAAAUGGAUGCUUCGAAUUUCAGAUGCAAGAAGAGCAAAUCUUUAGGUUUCUCAAAGAUAUGGAGAUUUCACAAAGACAUUAAGCUUCAAACAAAUAGUGAUGGACAAGAUGCUUUUGUUUUAUUGAGUCCUUUGAAGAAAGAAAAUAAUUUUCUAAAUAAAAGAAAGGAUGGUAAAUGCAUAACAACUUUAUCUCCUCACGAGAAGGUUUAUGUGAUGAAUAGAAAGAGGAUGGAAAAUAGUAAACAAAAAUCAUUCUUGCCUUAUAGGCCAAACUUAAUUGGGUUCUUCACCAAUAAGAAUAGAUUUAGUAGGAAUGUUAAUCCUUUUUGA